UUUUUUUUUUUUUAACCGAGCUAGCUUGUCUGACGUACAUGACAGCUCCUCGUACUACCGUCGCCGUUGCAGUAAACUCGACCACGCAGUCGCUUAAACUAACUGAAAAUGCUGUCCUACAUCAUUGGUCUGAUCCGAGGCGGCUUUGACGGCAUCAUCAACCUCAUCUUCAGACUUUUCUUCUCAAAGAGGAGAGCAGCCAUCACCUUAGAGGACCCAAACAUUAAGUAUGCACUGCGGCUGCUGGACAAACAGAUUGUCAGUCAUGACACAAGGAAGUUUCGCUUUGCCCUGCCUUCCCCUGAACACGUCCUCGGUCUCCCUAUUGGGCAGCAUAUCUAUCUGUCUGCCAAAAUCGACGGGAAGCUGGUCGUGCGUCCGUACACGCCAGUGUCCAGCGAUGAUGACAAAGGCUUUGUGGACUUGGUGGUGAAGAUUUACUUUAAAGAUGUUAACCCUAAAUUCCCUGAGGGCGGGAAGAUGAGUCAGUACAUGGAGAGCCUCAAGAUCAACGACACCAUCGACUUCAGAGGACCCAGUGGUCUUCUCGUUUACAAGGGCAAAGGUGUUUUUGCCAUUCAAGAAGAUAAGAAGACCGCAGCUGUGACCAAGAACGCCAAACAUGUGGGCAUGAUUGCUGGAGGGACAGGGAUCACUCCCAUGUUGCAGCUCAUCACCGCUGUGAUGAAGGAUCCUCAGGACAAGACGGUGUGUCACCUGCUGUUUGCCAACCAGACUGAGAAAGACAUCCUGUUGAGACCAGAGUUGGAAGAGAUUCAAGUCAACAACCCGGACCGGUUCAAGCUGUGGUUCACCUUGGACAGAGCACCUGAAGAUUGGGAGUACAGCCAAGGCUUCAUCGGUGAAGACAUGGUGAGGGAACACCUGCCGCCUCCCAGUGAAGACACUCUCAUCCUGAUGUGUGGACCUCCGCCUAUGAUCCAGUUCGCCUGCAACCCCAACCUGGACAAAGUCGGCCACUCCAGUAGCCGCAGGUUCACCUUCUAGACGAUGUCAACACCAAAGGAGUCGAGGUUUGGGCAUAUAAGGGUGUCCAGUUAUCAUUUUCUCUACCCCAAAAGCAUUAAAGCACUCAUACAGUUGCAGUGGGUAUUGCACUAUGUAUACUAUAUUUAUGCCAUGAAUAUUAUUCAUGCAACAGAAUCACAGCGCGGACCAAUUUAUGGAAUCAGGAAGGGUUGUGGAAGGGCAGGAAAUGGUGAAUGUUUGAGUAUGAAGAGUGUUGGCUUUGAAAUAUGGAUGUGAUUCCUAAUCUGUUGCAAACGAACCCUGCUGUCCUGCUGUGGCCUCAGUUCGGUUUCAAUAUCAGAGUCGUCGAGGUUUACUGGCUGUUUUCUGAGUGCCUUAACACUUGCAAAGCUUUUUUAUGCACAGUUAAAGAAUUCUGACCUUCAUUUAUACAGAAUUGUAUUAAUUCCAUUAUUGCUGUUGAGACUGUGUUAACGUGUACCUGCCCGUUAUCUAUCGUCACAUCAAAGAUGUCAGUACUUUGCUUAAACAUGUUCAUAGUGAUUUAUUGAACGUGAUGUAGUUACUGAUAUGUCUUUGCUGCAAUUGUGGCUACUUGUUUGGAUAUGCAACAUAAAACCCAAUUGCUAUUGAA